AGUUGAAAAAAACUGGAGCUGCUGAGAAAACUACCCCAUGGUGAUUUUUAAAGAUCUGAAAAUAAACGAAGAAACAGAAAAGCAAGGGAUAUAACUCCUGUAAGUUCAGAUAACUGCAAUCCUUGGAUACUAUAAAUACAGGGUUGGUGUAGCUCUUUGAACAAGACAGUGGACCUAUUAAUAUGAUGUUGUUAAGCUCAAGGUCAGCCUUGAUCAAGUUGACUUAUGAUGAAUGACAUUCUAACCGUGAUCAUCCUGUUUUAUAAGGGUUUUGCCCGCACCACCUUGAAAGGACGACCUCUGCUCUAAAUCUCGUUUUAGCUAAUGUCUGAGUGAGGAUGUGUGCUAACUCUCAGCUAUGUCCCUCCAACAACUGCACACUACCUAUCAGAAAUAUUUAAAGAACCCUGAUUCGCCGGCCUCUUCACAUCGGGACCUAGUCAAUGUUGCCCAAACAUUGCUAAUUGAAGAUCGUCCCAGCAAGCAUUUUGAUAAUAUUAUUAUGGACAUCAUCAUCGCCAAUGUGAAAUCCAACAGUUUUGAUGUAGAGAAAGCAUUGUUAGCUCUUAGUUACCUGGAACUCUAUGCGACCCUUUUGUAUCGAUAUCCUUGGAAAACAGAAUAUUGGACAAUUACACACCACUGUGGAUUCUACCGUACUAUGCUGGAUCCAUGUCUUAUAGGAGCUGAUAAAAUUCUUGAAAAAUUCGGUUACCGAACCAUCCAUGGAGAGUCUUUUCAAUUAAAUGCAAAACCAGACUCGGCAUGCCUUUUAAAAAUGAGCGUUCAGUGCCUGCUCGCGUACAGUGAGUACAAGAUCGUCUCAAAAGCUUGUGAAUCGGCCCAAUCAACAGACUACGAAACCGCUUUACUCAUGCAUCUAGAAAGUGGUGGAAGCAGCAAGCAAUUAGCGGAAAAACUGAGAUCAGAGUCUAACGAAGUAUUAUCUAAAAGCACUGAGUCGAGUCUGUCCAGUGAGUACUCUCGGUGUUUACCAGAAUCUUACCAUGGUAACGAUACCAACAGUCCCUCAUUGGUCUCGAAACGAGCCCCUCCUCCUUAUUCUUCUCAUACACUCGGUAGAUCUUUAUCUAACUCAAACAAAUACGAGAACUUUGAUAAAUAUUCUUACACAGUACAACACUCCCCCAAAAUAUUAGCCAACAGUUUUUUUUCCUGUCAGCAACAGGAAAAGUUCCAAAUUCACAAAAACAAACGACCCCUAUGUUUACAGACAGAUGGCUGUAGUGAUAAUGAAUAUUUACUACAUACUUCUGCGCAGAACUGCUUUUCCGGUGCGAGUCCCAUGUAUGAAAAACAUGUCAGUUCUCCACCCUAUAUGGCGACAAACAAUUACGUUAUGGACUCCAGCCUGGCCACGUCUCCUUACAAAGUGGAAUCCACAUACCGAGACUCGGCGUACGGCUCUUCAUACGAUGCUCCUUCAUUGAAUAUUCAGUCACACAGCAGCAACAGCAGACCAAGACAGCCCAUGGAACACUCCCUGGGGAAAACCUACGACGACUACAACGGAUGUAGCAAAGCUUUCGAACGGAACACACCGUCGCCGCAAUCUCCCGUUGCCGAUUUGACCAUGGACUAUCAGUCGAAGCUGAACUUCAGCAGCAAUGACUCGCUUUCGUCGGAAAACGAAUGGAGCUGCGGCAAAUGCACUGUGAAAAAUCCGAGCAGUUUGUCAGUGUGUUACCUUUGUGAAACUAGUCGCUAUGCUGUUUCCAAUAUGGCCACCACCCAGCAGAUGAAUCACAAACAGAGUGGCGAAAGGGUGUGCGAAAACUGCACGUUAAAGAACGCAGUCACUGCACGCAAAUGUUCUGCAUGUGGCCACCACUUCAAAGGUUAUCACACAUCUGUAUAAAAAAUAUAUUUUAUUUUUUUCAAAUUCCAUUCUCUUUUUUUUUCUUUAGUUGUUUUUUGUUUGUUUUUGUUUUUUGUUUUGUUUUGUUUUUUUCUCCUUUUCUGCCCCCCAACAAACAUUCAAACAAUUUUCGAAAUCUUGGUCUAAACUUAUUUAUCUAACAAAUCAAAACACAGACGUAACGAAAAUUCAAAACAAAAUAAUUAUUAUUAUUAUUAUUAUUAUUUAAUUUUUUUUUUCUGUAAGGGGGAGGAAAUAAUUCAGUUUUUUUUGUUGUUGUUGUUGUUGUAUGUAAUUUGUGGUGUUGUUGUUGUUAUUGUUGUCAUCAUUGUAGUGUGAUGUGUUUCUCUAGUGUAAAAAUUACAGUUAUAAUACUCACCUUUCUUUCAAACUAGAAGACAUUACAUUUGAAAAAU